AUGAGCAUUGGGUACCGCCAGCCAGUACCGAAUGAGAAAAUGCCGGCCGGCAAUAUUGGUGGAAGUUCUUCUCUGAAUUACGACUGGGAUAUACCAAGCCUAGAGGAGACUACUACAGAGAAGAAACAUAUAGGCGAAAAGGACACAAAAGUAAAGAGACCCGAGCCCCAAGACCCGAGCCCCAAGCCAGACAAGGCCGUCGAACACAAGGAAGACCUCGGUAAAUAA